CCUAUUGCAUCUCCGGCUUUAUCUUCCUCGAAAUGUCUGCAAUGGGAUCAUUAGCCUUUGAUGAGUACGGGAGACCGUUUAUUAUCAUUAAGGAUCAAGACACCAAGAGCCGACUUACCGGCAUCGAUGCUCACAAGUCGCAUAUUUUGGCUGCGAAAAAUGUUGCUGACAUAUUGAGAACAUCCCUGGGCCCUAAGGGACUAGACAAAAUGUUGGUCAGUUCAGAUGGUGAUGUAACUUUAACUAAUGAUGGUGCGACUAUCCUCACCAUGAUGGAUGUAAAACAUCAGAUUGCAAAAUUACUUGUACAACUCUCCAAAUCCCAGGAUGACGAGAUUGGUGAUGGAACCACUGGUGUUGUUGUAUUGGCUGGUGCUUUGUUGGAACAAGCUGAGAAAUUGCUAGACAAAGGAAUUCAUCCUAUCCGUAUUGCUGAUGGUUUUGAAAUGGCUGCUAAAAUCGCUGUUGAUCAUCUUCAUGAGAUAAGUGAAGUUUUUGAAACUGGACCUAACAACAAAGAACCUUUAAUUCAACUGGCAAUGACUACUUUAGGUUCUAAAAUUAUUAACAAAUGUCACCGCCAAAUGGCUUCAAUUGCUGUAGAUGCUGUUCUGGCAGUUGCUGACUUGGAAAGAAAAGAUAUUAACUUUGAAUUGAUAAAAGUUGAUGGUAAAGUUGGUGGAAAGCUUGAAGACACUGUUUUAGUUAAAGGAGUUGUUGUGGAUAAGGAUAUGAGUCAUCCGCAAAUGCCCAAACAAGUGAAAGAUGCAAAAAUUGCCAUACUUACCUGCCCAUUUGAACCACCAAAACCAAAAACUAAGCAUAAGUUGGAUGUCUCAUCUGUUGAAGAUUACAAAAAAUUAAGAGACUAUGAAACUGAUAAGUUUAAUGAAAUGGUUGACCAGGUAAAAUGUACUGGUUGUAACUUGGUAAUCUGCCAGUGGGGAUUUGACGAUGAAGCUAACCACCUGUUGCUUCAAAAAGAACUGCCUGCUGUCCGCUGGGUUGGAGGACCAGAAAUUGAACUCAUUGCUAUUGCCACUGGAGGUCGUAUUGUACCCCGCUUUUCUGAGUUAACAACUGAUAAACUUGGGAAGGCUGGAAUUGUCCGUGAACUAACAUUUGGAACUACUAAAGAUCGCAUGUUGGUUAUUGAAGACUGCCACAAUUCCAAAGCUGUCACUAUUUUUAUAAGAGGUGGAAAUAAGAUGAUCAUUGAAGAAGCCAAGAGGAGUCUUCAUGAUGCCUUGUGUGUCAUUCGCAAUAUUUUGAAAGAUAACCGCAUUGUUUAUGGUGGUGGAGCAGCUGAAAUUUCUUGUUCAUUGGCAGUGGAGCAGAUGACUGACAAAAUUUCAACUAUUGAACAAUAUGCUAUGAGAGCUUUUUCUGAAGCAUUAGAAUCAAUUCCAUUAGCUUUGGCCGAAAAUAGUGGACUGGCAUCCAUUCAAACAUUAUCAGCAGUCAAAUCAAGACAAUUAAAUGAGAAAAAUUGCAGACUAGGAAUUGAUUGCUUAAAUAAAGGAACUUCAGAUAUGAAAGAGCAACAUGUGUUGGAAACACUUACUGCCAAGAAACAGCAGAUAAUGUUGGCUACGCAGUUAGUUCGUAUGAUCUUGAAGAUUGAUGAUAUUAGAGCUCCUGGUGAAAUGUAUUAAACAAAUGCAUAUAGCUUUUAUUUCAUUGCUGGCCGAGUCACAAGUUAUUUAAAGGUUUUCUUCUACCAUCUCAUGCUAUAUUCUUUGCAGUCAUAUUUUGCAUAAAAUUUGUAUACAAAA